UAGGUGUACUAGGAUUGGGAAUGCCGAUAAAGCCGUAUUCCCGCCUCUUAUUGGCUCGCGACUCCUGCGACCCUUCGCCUUUCGCCGGAACUUCUGUUCCGGCACGGCGAAGGCGUGCGCGAAAGCUUCUUGACCACUAAGACGAUGUACUAACGCGGUUUAACGAACCAUUGGGUUCCUACAAUGAGGGGUAGGAGAUUCUCCUUUCGCCUAACCUGGGGAACUAGGCUAUGUAUGGUAUGCUGACCUAUGCCAACCUAUGUUAUCCUGUGCUAACUUGUCGUUUCCUAUCAGCAACCUAAGAAACCCUCGUUCGGUAGAAGGGUGGUCCUGGGGUGUUGUUGAUGGAAGUUGGUUGGUUCUUGAACCUUCUUGGUCUCAUCUUGCUUGCAAUGCCUACUAAGUUUGUUGCUGUAGUUUCUUGGUCUCCGACUUCAACGGAUGACUUUAUAAGUUCCUCCCUUAGAACAAUUUUAUCGCCGGUUCACGGUUGUUACGCUCACCUCAUAGGUCUUGCCACGUCUUGCUAAAUCUGUUUUUGGCGACGGAGGAAGUUAAUGAUAAAAUCCUGAUGAAGUCAUUGUGGGAACUAUCAGGACUAAGGGGAACCGGAUACUAAUCGCCGAAUAAGCCAGAACUUAUUCCUCAUCUUUCCGAAGAACUUAGUUGGCGAGAUCUCAUGGUUGGGUCUGUCGAUGCGGACUCAACUCCGACCGCGUACGCUGACAAAGACAGGCCGAGCCCAGGUGCACGUACUAUGAAGGGCGACUCGGUUGAUCCGAGCGAGAGCGGCGUUAGCGACGGGAUCGAGACGCGGGGAGAGAAACGGAGGAGAAGCAACAACGACGAGGGUUCGGACGAGGCUGGAGUGCUAAGGAAAGAAACAAUGCGAGAAGAGGAGCGUUCAGGGGAGCACUCUAAGGUCGCCUGUCAGAUAGUAACUAAGAAGGAGGAAGGAGAUUGUUCCCCGGUGCGGGGGAAUGGCGGAGUGAAGAGAAGACGGCUCUCGACUUCGGAUGAGAGGAGUUGUCCAGACGAAGAACGGAUCGAAAGAAACAAGCAGGGUACUAACGGAAGUGAUUAUAAGGAGGGCGACAAUGACGCAGAUCCGGCCGACCGGGCGGACAAUGCCGAGGGGGACUCCGAAACCCUCAAGCCAGAGUUCACAGUAACGAAGAUGCGCAUAACGGGUACGACCGCUGACGGUACGGUCAACAGGGACGGAGAAUCUGUAGAGGCUUCUGCAGCCACGGUUCCUCCAUCGACAGCCGUGGAUGGAAAGCAAGCCACGGAUCCUGACCGUACAGCUGCGACUGCUGCUACUAGCGGUACCGCGUCAGCUUCUAAAGCGGAUUCUCUUGCCGCUACCCUGACAACGACCGUCGGGAAUGCUAAGGACGUCAGCGUUCCGGACCUGAACGCAUCUGACGGUGUGGACUCGUCCCGUCCCCCGUCGGGUCCCCGUGCAUCGGCCACCACUCCUUUGUCUGUGGACAAACCUUCUCGAGAUGCUGACGAGAAGCUUGUAUCGCGUACAAACGCUCCGUGCGCCGAGGCCUCGGCCGCGCAGCCUUCAGGAGCGACAGGGAAGGGACAAGCGGGGGAGCCUGCGGAAGGGGGGGACGUGGGGGAUCAGGCGGAAGGGGAAGGGGAGGGGAAGGAAGUGACGAAGGCGAAGGCGGAAGGGGGUGUUCAGGAGGGGAAGGGGGACGCGGGGGAUCUCGCUGAAGCGAAGGGGGAGGGGAAGGAAGAGGAGGGGAAGGAAGAGGCGGGGAAGGAAGAGGCGGGGAAGGAAGAGGCGGAGGAGACGGAAGAGGUGACGGAGAAGGGGGAAGGGGAGAUGGGGGCAGAUGGUGUUGUGAAGAGAGAGGAUGUAGGGGGCAGUUGCGUUGAUGGCUCUGAUCACGGUGCCAAGCCUGAUUUUGAGUCGACCCAAAAGCACGGUGCUAAGCCUGACUUUGCGCCGACCCAAAAGCACGGUGCUAAGCCUGACUUUGCGCCGACCCAAAAGCACGGUGCUAAGCCUGACUUUGCGCCGACCCAAAAGCACGGUGCUAAGCCUGACUUUGCGCCGACCCAAAAGCACGGUGCUAAGCCUGACUUUGCGCCGACCCAAAAGCACGGUGCUAAGCCUGACUUUGCGCCGACCCAAAAGCACGGUGCUAAGCCUGACUUUGCGCCGACCCAAAAGCACGGUGCUAAGCCUGGCGCAGGGGCGGGUAAGGUGGAGGAAGAGGACAAUCGACGAGAGAGGGAGGCGGCGAUGGUGGAAGGAAAGCAAGGAAGCGGCCCCAGCGAUGGCGGGGAGGAGAGCAGCACAGAUAUGACCAAGAGCGCUGGGUCGAGCGACUCUUAUCAGGAGGAAUCCGAGAAGACCAAGCUACAUGUGGGUCGAGUGGUGCAGGUAACACCUGCCGUUGGGUCCUCCCAGCGACAGCCGCAGCAGCAUCUGGUGCAGGUGGUAUCUGUGAACGAGGAGAAAAGCCCGGAGCAGCAGCAGGAACAGCAGCAGCAGGAGGAGGAGGAGGAGAAGCAGAAGCCAGAGCCUCUGGUGGAGGUGGUAUCUGUGAACGAGGAGAAAAGUCCAGCGCACCACCACCAGGAACAGCCGUGUCCUCCAGUGGUGGAGGUGGUAUCUGCAGGGGAGUUGACCCAGCAGCGGCAACACUUGGUGCUCCCAGUGGAUGCAGUUGUCUGCGUUGAGCCCCCUGCCCUGGCAUCCGGUCCGAUCCAAACUCCGUCUACCUUAGCAGUGGUGUCUGUUGCCGAACCUGCCGGGACAUGGGUGUCUGUUGGCGGUGCGUCGCCCCAGCUGCCACUGCCGAACCUGCCAGUGGUCGAUGUGGUUUCGUGUGCGGAUGCUGCUGCUGCUGCUGUGCUGGAUGCGCGUCAGCAGCUGCCGCCAGCACCAGUGGUCGAGGUGGUUUCGUGUGGAGAUGAUGCCGCCGCUGCUGUGCUGGGUACGAGGCAGUCUCUGCCGCCGGCACCAGUGGUUGAGGUGGUUUUGUGUGCGGAUGACGCCGCUGCUGCUGUGCUGGACGCGAGCCAGGCCCUGCUAACCGCCAGUGGGAUCGUCAGUGUUGUCAGCGCGGGCAGUGAGGAGGAGGGGAAAGUUGAGGAGAAGAAGGGUGGGGAGGAGAAGGGUGGGGAGGAGAAGGGUGGGGAGGAGAGGAAAGAGGAAGAGGAACAGGAGAAGGAUGAGAAAGGGCGCCAGGAGGGUGCGAAGGAGAAAGAGCAUGGCGAAGAGGAGAAGGGUGAUGAUUUGACACGGGAGAGUGAGGAGCAGGAGGGCGAUAUCUUGACCCAAGAGGGAGAUAGGGAGCGGGUGGCAGCGGCAAGGGGAGCGGCAGAAGCAAAGGAGGCGCCAUUGGGGGACUCUAGGGAUGAAGCUGAGAGAGAGAAUGGUGGGGAGGGUAGCGAUGACGGCAAGGGAGUGCUGGUGGGGUGUGGGACGGGGUUGGAGGAGAAGGCUUGGAUUGCUAAGGGAAGCGAAGGGGCAGGAGAGGAGGGCAGGAAGGGGGAGGAGGGGAGUGCGAAUGGCGAGGGAGGGUUGAGGUAUGACAAGGGAUUAGAGGAGACGGAUGAGAUUGCCAAGGAGAGCCGAGGAGUGGCUGGAGAUGAUGAGACGAUAAUUUUGAAGACGGGUACAGGCGUUGAGGGAGAAACGGCGAUGGACGUUGAGGGUCCGGAGAAGGCGGCAUGUGAAGUUGGGGAGAGAGGUGGAGCUAAGGAUGAGGGGGAGGUAGAGUUGAGGGGUGUUGCUGAGAAUUCUCAACACCACCCUGCAAAAUCAAGGAAGGAGAGAGAUGCCAUGAGUGGUGUUGAAGGGAUGGAGAUAGAUACGCAGGAUAAGAAGAGGGGAGAGGUGAGGGGGGUGAGGGGAGAGCGAGGGGAGGUUGCCCCUUCAGAGAUAAGCAAGGGCGAAUCUGCUGGUGAUGCUGAUGGGGAUGAUACGAUGGGGAAGAAUGAGAUGACAGAGAUGAGCGACGAGGGAAGGGAGAUGAAAGAAAAGGGACAGGGACAGGGGCGGGCUGAGGAGGAAGCGCACGUGACGGGUGAAGGCGAGCAGGGGUUGACUCCAGCUAAAGAGAGGAGCAGGGCCGAUGGAGCAGGGGUUCCUGCACUGGUAGAGAGGAAUCUGCCCCCCGUUCCUGCUGCUGCCGAACCUCCUGCUGCUGCCGAACCUCCUGCUGUUGCUGCAAAUGCUCCUGCUGAGGCUGUGGGUGGGGAGUCCAGAAGGGGUGCGGGCAGGAGGAUGCGGGAGUGGGAGGAGAGAAUGCGGGCAUGGGAUGGGGUCAUGCGGGAAUGGCAUGGCAGGAUGAGGAGAGAGCGGAGGAGAGAGCAGAGGAGGGAGCAGAAGAGGGAGCGGAAGGGAGAACACCAGGGGCAAAGCAAGAGCGAUCUUGCUGCUAGUGCUGGUGCAGAUGGCGGUGCUUAUGGUGGUGGGGAUGACAGUGACUCUGAUGCUAGUGAUAGUAGCGGGGAUGUUACUACGGAGGAUCUGCAGCAAGCGUGUGAUGGUAACCCUGUUACUGGUGCCCUGGCUGCUGUUUCUGCGGCUGAAUCCGUAGCAGCUGCAGCAGCAGCGGCAGCAGCGGCGGCUGCAGCAGACGCAGCCGCUGUCAUCGGUCCUGCUAAGGCUGCUAAGAUCCUAGAGCACGCCGCUACAGCCGUGGGCCGUGCUGAUACAGCGACAGCCGGCGCUACAGCCGGCAACGAGUGGCAGUGGGGCAUGCCUGCAGCUCCGGCGCAGCACCUGCCAGCUCAAGUCCAGAAGAGCAGGCUGGCUGACUUCUGCAAGAAUGCAGCAGAGCAGGAUCAGUUGAAUCUCACAGGGAGUGCGGCCGAAGCAGGAGGAGGUGAGAACCGCCUGAGUUCUCCAAGCGCUGGAGUGGAGCCACCCUCCGAGGCAGAGCUGGCGCUAGUACCAGGAGAUACAGGGUAUGGGGCAGUGCCUGCAGAUACGGACUCUGGGGCGGCUUAUCACUCUGGUUUGCCUUUUGGGAGUGACCGAGCGGUGGUGCCAGUGGGAGUGGCGUAUGCAGCAGCAGAGGAAGCGGCAGGAGGGAUGAUGGGAGGCAGGGCUGGGAAAGGGGCGGGCAGGAGCAGACGGAGAAGCAGAGGGAAGGGCGUGGAUUCGAGUCCUGGGAAGAAGGGCAGGGAGGAUGCAGAAGCAGAGGCUCGAGAGCAUCAGCAGCAGCAGCACCAGCAGCAGCAUGUGCAUCAUCCUCAUCAUUAUCAUCACCCAAACCAGAAGCAGCAGGGUUACACGGAAUACCAGGAGCAGCAGCCUCAGGAGCUACAGGUGCAUGAGCAGCAGAAUGGGAAUACAGCAGCAGGGGCACAGGGAAGUGGCAGUCACAACUCGGGAGGAGGAUAUGGCGGAGGGGGAGGGGGGCACAGCAGCGGUGGUGGUGGCGGUGGGGGUGGUGCUGCUGGUACUAGUGCUGGAGGAGGGGUAGGAAACCACGGAAACACCGGCACCAGUGGCCGCUCCUGGCAUUUCUCCGGCUAUCCGGGGGUGUCGCGCAACGGGCGCAAAUGGUCAGCCAAAGUGUCGAUGAACUCGCAGCAGCGGGCACGGUACGGCGUGUGUCAGAACAUGCACUGCGGGCAGUGGGAGGAGGUAGAACAAGCCGCAGCCGCGGCUGAAGCGGCGUGUUACGUGUUCAAGGGAGGGAAGGGCCGGGUGUUUAAGUUCCUCACGGAGCAGCAGAGGGACGUGCUGAGUGACAUGGAUCCCGACGAGGGGAUGUGGAUGAUCAAGGCUAAGAGGUGGCGCGAGUGGAAUGUGUGGGCGCCGAACCAGACUGGGUGGGUGAAAGGGAUGGGUUUGGCUGAGAGCGUGGACGGGGCUGGGCUGGUAGGGGGGCAGCAGGAGGGGCACGGGGAAGGAGAGGGGCAGGGGCAGGAGGGUCCCGGGUAUGGAGGAGUGGGAGAGGGUGUGGAGGGGCAGGAGGGGCAGGAGGGGGAGCAGAUGCUUCUGGGGUGGCACGAGGGAUGGGAGGAGAGGCAUGGGGAUGGGCGGGGGGAGGAGCAGGAGAGCGAGCAGGAAAGGGAGCAGCAGAGAGAGCAGCAGAGGGAGCAGCAGAGGGAGCAGCAGAGGGAGCAGGAGGAAGGUGGGGGGCUGAAGGGCAAGGAGCGAGGGCACGAUGGGAAGCGGGAGAGUGGGGCAGGUGAAGCACGGGGGCUAGAAUUAGAUCUCAACGCUCAGCAGCCCUCGCAGACUUGCUUUGAACCUCCGACGCCCAUUGCUCCACCCCCCUUCCUAACAGCACUCCCUGCAUCCCCUACCCCUCACCCAGCACUUCUGCCCCCACCGCCUGUCUCUCAUCACCCCAUGCCCGCUGCACACCCAGCCCUGGACUCACUACGCUCUUCCUCUGCCUCCGGCCCUCCCACUGCCUCAGGCUCCUCUGCCUCUGCUGCCGCUCCUGCUGCCUCUAUCCCCCCAGCAGCAGCGGUGGCAGCAGGUUUGCAGAGCCCGCCUCUGCAGCAUGUGCAGCCUGUUGCUUCGAUUCGGGAGCUGCUAACGAUGCCACCUCCCUUCUCUGUUCCUCUACCAGUAGGUCUGCAGCAGAAUCAGCUUAACCAGCAGGAAACUCGGCAGCAGCAGCAGCAGCAGCCAAUGCACCAGAGUCAGCCGCAGCAGCAGCAGCAGCAGCAGCAGCGGCAGAGCUUUGUUCUAUCACUCCCAUCUGCCUCCACUCCACCGCUACACCCACCACCCAUGCACCCGUCACUGCUCCCUCCCCCUCAGUCCUUCCUGCAGCAGCAUGGGGGCACUCUAGGCCUCUUCCCCCCCCUACCUCCCCUCCGCACUCCCACCACUGCUCCUACUGCUGCUGCUGCUGCUGCUGCUGCUGCUGCUGCUGCUGCUCCUCCUGCUGCUCCCGCCACUGCUCCCCUUCCUACUGCCACGACUGCUGUUCCAGUCUCUACACCCCCCCCUGCUGCUGCCACCACCGCCAGCAGCAUACCAGCUCCGGCCGCCACUCCCAUUCCCACCCCGGCCUCUCCCCCUCCUCCCACCCCCACUGCAACCACUCUGCCCCUCUUCUCCUCUAACGAGUCAGCCCAUAACGAGGCGUGGCCGCACGAGACAGCGGGGCAGCACCAGAGGGUGGCGAGGAUUAGGGAGCUCCUGGGAUCGUCCUUCAGUGUACUCAAGAGCAAAGGGCUGGGGGAAAGCUCACUAGGGGCGGAUGCUCACGGCGGUGGUGGUGCCUUGGGGGGUGGGUCCCUGGAAGGUGGGUCGUCUUUAAGUGGUGGGACCUCGUUUAGUGGUGGGGGGCUACCUUGGGGUAAUCCGAGGGGGAAUGGCGGUGGCGGUGCUGGUGUUGCUGGUGCUGCUGAUGGUGCUUCUGACGCUGUUGCAGCUUCCAGCAUCACUCCUCCUUUUUCUUCUCCUCCCCCUCCUCCUCCUAUCAGCGGUUCUAGUGGUCCUAAUGCUGCUGGACCUACUGCAAGCAGCACCCCGCCGUUCCCCUGGCUAUCUGUGCCCACACCAGGGGGUGCUGCGGCCGCCGCACCCCCACAGGCACCUGCCAGCACCCCCGACCCACAGACUGCUGCUACAGCCGCUAAAGCUGGUGAGACAACAGCAGAGGGAAGUGCCGCAACUGAUGCUGCUGCUACAGCCACAGACGCCACAGCAGCCGCCGCCGCCGCCGCAGCAGCAGCUGCGCUAAACCCUGCGAACCACGGGCCUCGGCCGGCGUCAGGGUACCUAGGCGUGGUGAAGAGCGGGCGGAAAUGGGCGGUGCAGCUGUCGAUGAACAUGAAGCAGCGGGCGAGCUACACAGUGGGUCACAUUCUCAACUGCGGCGUGUGGGACGACUUGGAAGAGGCUGCGAUCGCUGCUGAGGCUGCGUACCUAGUGCUGAAAGGAGAGAAGAUUGAUUUCCGGCUGCUGAAUGAGGAGCAGAAGGGGAGGCUGAGAGAAAUGGGGCCGGAUGAGGCGGAGGAGGGAGGGGAGGGGAGGAGGGGAGGGGGGGAGGGGAGGGGAGGGGAGGACGAGGGGUGGGAGCGGCAGGAGGAGAUGGAAGGGGAGGAAGGGAGGGGGAGGGAGAGGGGAAUGGAGGUUGUUCCAGCCUAUACUCCGCUCUCUCUCCUCCCACUGAGCCCCAUGCAUCACCCAUCCUCUGCCCGCUCCUCGCCUCCUUCGUCUUCUGCUGCCGGCCACUCAGAACACGCAAUCCCAUUUGCUGCUGCAGCAGGAGCAGCAACAGCUAAACACCCAGGAGCAGCAGUAGUUACAGGUGGGCAGAGCCGGCAUGCGUCGCCUCUAGCCGGUCGAGGUGAGUUUGGUCAGAACCAGUUUGCCUCGUCUCUGUCUCUAUCCCUGGGCGCCUCCCCUCCGAGUGACCUGCUGAGGGGAUCCGGAAAGGCAGCAAAGAGGGAGGAGGAGCAGGAGGAGGAGACAGGGAUGGGUGGGAUGGGUGGGAUGGGUGGGAUGGGUGAUGGGUACCAAGUGGGGCAGAACUAUGGGGAUGUGCUGCUGUCCAGCGAAGAGCACCGCGGGAAGGGCUGGCAGGGUGGUGGUGCCUCUCAUGCUGCAGGGCUGCAUGCCGGGCAGAAACGGGCACACCAGGGGCAGCAGGGGUACCAGGGGCCUCGGGAGGGGCAGCAGGGGCCUCGUGAGGGGCAUCAGGAGCAUCACAGGGAGCACCACAGGGAGCAGCACAGGGUGCAAGGCAGGGCACAGUACGAUUCUGAGCACAAGAGGCUUCGACAGGAGCACAGCGAUGCAGCAAGCAGAGAUGACCACCACAAGCAUGGGAGGGGAGCAGCACACCACCACCCCGAGUCCUCGCAAGCCCUCAUUCUCGCUGGCUCUUCUGCUCACGGGGCACCAGAUCACCACGACUCAGCGCCCAGUCGCCGCGACUCAACACCGGGCCGUGCUGACUCAGCGCCAGGUCAGCAUGGUGCAGCAGCGCACGCCUCCCUUCCGCAGCCUCCCGGGGAGGGCUACGCGUCUGGUUACUUUGGGGUGUUUCGUAACGGCAAGAAGUGGUCCGUGAAGGUCCCCAUGGACGCAAAGCAGAGAGCUCUAUAUGGGGUAUACCAGAAGCUGCACUGCGGGCAGUGGGAGGAGCUGUAUGAAGCGGCAGCAGCAGCGGAAGCAGCAUACUUUGUCUUCAAGGGUGAGGGGAAACGGGAGUUUAGGUUUCUGACUGAAGAGCAGAGGACGCUGCUGAGGCACAUGGGGCCAGAUACUGCGGUGUGGCUGGUGAGGGAGAAGAGAUGGGCGGAUUGGAAGGAGUGGAAGGGAGAGCGGGGGCCUACCCAGGCACACAUGCCACAGCAGCCGCAGCAGCAGCAGCAGCAGCAGCAGCAGCAGCAGCAGCAGCAGCAGCAGCAGCAGCAGCAGCAGCAGCAGCAGCCACAGCAGAAUCACCACCAGCAGCAGCAACACCAAUCUCAGCAACAGCAGCAGCAGCAGGGGCGGUGGGAGGGGCAAGAGGAAGGUAGGCGGAUGAAAGUGAAGGAGGAGGAAAGGAAGGCGGGAGAGGAAAGUGGAGGUAGGACCUGGUUGCAGCAGGGACAGGGGGAGGGCUGGCAGGGGCAGAGCGAGGGGUGGCAGGGGCAGGUGGGUCCGUCGCAAACGCAGCAAUGGCAGCAACAGCCGCAGAAUCAGCCCCACCAGCAGCCACAGCAGCAGCCACAGCAGCAGCAGCAGGUGCCAUUGCAGCAAGGGUGGCUGCCCGUGCAAGCACAGGGUAUUGCAGCCGUGCAGCAGCAGCAGAGCCAAGCGCAGGGGCAACCACCAUGGCAUACACAGGGUGUGACACAAGGGCAAACGCAUUUACCAGCACAAGGGGCACCACAGGGCAACGCGGGAGGGCAAGCACAGGCAUAUACAGCCGGGCAGCAGCAGCAGGGGCAGGGAGAGUGGCAGGGACAGCCACAGUGGCAACCGCAGAUGGGGGCAGCUGCUGGGCAGAUGGGGCCCACGUGGCAGCAGCAACAACAACAGCCACCGGUGCAGCCUACACAGCAGCAGCAGCAGCAGCAGCAGCCGUGGCAGGGGCAGCAGCAGCAGCAGCAAUGGCAGGGGCAACAGCAGUCACCGUUGCAACCUAUACAGCAGCAGCCGCAGUGGCAGCAGGGGCAGCAACAGUGGCAGCAGGGACAGCAGCAGCAGGCACAGCAGUGGCAGCAGCAGGGGCAACCGCAGCAGCAGCAGCAGCAACCAUUGGCCUUGGUUCCUUUGUCCAAUCCAGAAGAGUCGCCUCUAUCCCUACUCCCGUCCGCUGCUGCGGUUUCAGCCACCCAAGCAGCCAGGAGCAAUCCUACAAGCGCAGAUGAGAGAGAAGGAGGAGAGGGCGAGGAGGGAGACGAGGGGGGUCAGACCCGCACAUCAGCCGCUGGUAGCGGGGCUGGUGGCUCUAGUCACGUCUCCUGGGCCUCUGGUUACUACGGAGUGGCUCGAAACGGGCGGAAAUGGGCAGCGAAACUUUCGAUGAACGCUGACCAGCGGCAGAGGUACACUGUGGGGAAGAGCAUCCACUGCGGGCAGUACGAGGAAGUUUUGGAGGCGGCAGCAGCGGCCGAAGCAGCGAAUUUCGUGUUUAAGGGAGGGAAGGGACGGACGUUCAAAUUCCUGACGGAGCAGCAGAGGGACGUGCUGAGUGUGAUGGACCCAGAUGAGGCGAUGGUUAUGAUUAAGAACAAGACCUGGAAGGAUUGGAAGGACUGGCGGCCCGGAGGGGUGGUUGUUGGGGAAGGGGGAGCUGUAGGGGGAGGGGAGGGAGGAGGGGGAGGUGGGACAGGAGCAGGAGUGGGAGAAGGAGCAGGGGGAGGAGGGAGUGGGGUGGGACAAGGAAAAGGAGAGGCAGCAGCAGGAGGAGGAGGAGGAGGAGGAGGAGGAGGAGGGGGAGGGGAAGGGGGACGAGAAGCAGGAGGAGGAGCAACAGGGGGAGUGCCGAGUGGGUUUAUGCAUGGAAGGAUGGUGGUGGGUGGGGGGAUUCAUGAGGAAAGGAUCCAAGCUGGGAAUGCUGCCAUGCAGCCCGGGAGCAUUGCAACGCAAGCUGGGAGCUUUGCUCUGCCACCUGGGGAGCCACCUGGGGGCAGUGGAAAUCUCCCCACUUUUCCAACGGAGCCAACUGGGGUAGGUGCAUCUGCUGGACUGGGUGUGGAUCGAGGUGCAUUGGGAAGAGGGGAGGGGAAUGUGGGGAGGGAGGAGGUGCAGGAGGAGAAGAAUUCGGAAGAGGAGGAGGAGGAAGGGACGGGGGCUAAGGAGUGGAAAGAGUAUGUGUUGCGGCUUGCCAUGGGCAAUGGGUGAAGCGUUACCAAGCCAAGUUUUGUUAUUCUAACGGUGUUUUGGUGAUUUUUUUAAAGAAGCAUUUCAUAUAUCGGUUUUUCAGUGUCCCGCCUUUUGCCCAUUUCUUAGUGCAUGCCUACCGUAUGUUGAAGGCUUCUUAAUGAAGCCAGUACUUAUUU